UAGUCCUUUCCAAGACUUGCCCAGCCUUAAGAGCCAGGAUUGUUCUGUCUGGCUGAUACUGAAUUAAUUUCUCCCAACCGUUAUUGUUCGUUCCUCACUUUACAAGCUAUUUGAAGACCAGAGUUUGACCAUGUUAAUAAUGCUUGUAAGCCAGAGGUGAAAGUGGCUCAGCAGAGCAACAUCGGGAAAUCUGGCAGACUGGAAGAGAACAGCUGCCCCCCAGGGCAGCUGAGAAGUGUGAAGCAUGGAGGAAAGUAAGAAUGAGAAGGUGAACCAGGCUCAUGUUCUCUUUGACAGAUUUGUCCAGGCUUCAACCUGCAAGGGGACUCUCAAGGCUUUCCAAGAGCUCUGUGACUACCUAGAACUAAAGCCAAAGGACUAUCGUUCUUUCUAUCACAAACUCAAGUCCAAGCUAAAUUACUGGAAAGCCAAAGCCUUGUGGGCCAAAUUGGAUAAAAGAGGCAGCCAUAAGGACUAUAAGAAGGGGAAAGCAUGCGCCAACACAAAGUGUCUGAUAAUUGGGGCUGGACCCUGUGGCCUUCGUACAGCCAUCGACCUAUCAUUCCUAGGAGCCAAGGUGGUGGUCAUAGAAAAGAGGGAUGCCUUUUCCCGCAAUAACGUGCUGCAUUUGUGGCCAUUCACCAUACAUGACUUGAGGGGUCUUGGCGCCAAAAAGUUUUAUGGCAAAUUCUGUGCGGGAUCGAUAGACCAUAUCAGUAUCCGUCAGCUCCAGCUUAUCCUUUUGAAGGUUGCCUUGAUCUUGGGAAUAGAGAUCCAUGUCAAUGUGGAAUUCCAGGGACUUGUUUACCCUCCGGAGGAUCAGGAGAAUGAAAGAAUAGGUUGGCGUGCAUUGGUCCACCCAAAAACCCAUCCAGUGUCUGAGUAUGAGUUUGAAGUGAUCAUUGGAGGGGAUGGCAGGAGGAACACCUUGGAAGGGUUUCGCCGAAAAGAGUUCCGUGGUAAACUAGCAAUUGCUAUCACAGCAAACUUCAUCAAUCGCAACACCACAGCUGAAGCCAAAGUAGAAGAGAUCAGCGGUGUGGCCUUCAUAUUCAACCAGAAGUUCUUCCAGGAUCUGCGAGAAGCCACAGGUAUUGACUUGGAGAACAUUGUCUACUACAAAGACGAUACACACUACUUUGUCAUGACUGCCAAAAAACAGAGCUUGCUGGAAAAAGGAGUGAUACGGCAUGAUUAUGCUGACACGGAGUUAUUACUCUCACGGGAGAAUGUGGACCAGGAGGCUUUGCUAAACUAUGCCAGAGAAGCAGCUGACUUCUCUACUAAUCAGCAGCUGCCAUCUCUGGACUUUGCCAUCAAUCACUAUGGUCAGCCAGAUGUGGCCAUGUUUGACUUCACGUGCAUGUAUGCAUCGGAGAACGCAGCCCUGGUGCGAGAGCAGAAUGGCCAUCAGUUACUUGUGGCACUGGUUGGGGACAGUCUCUUAGAGCCAUUUUGGCCAAUGGGAACUGGAAUAGCCAGGGGAUUUUUGGCUGCAAUGGACUCUGCUUGGAUGGUACGAAGUUGGUCACUUGGAGCUAGUCCUUUGGAAGUUCUUGCAGAAAGGGAAAGCAUUUAUAGACUACUGCCUCAGACCACCCCUGAGAAUGUGAGUAAAAACUUCAGCCAUUACAGCAUUGAUCCCGCCACCCGGUAUCCCAAUAUCAACGUCAACUUCUUGCGGCCGCAGCAGGUACGUCACUUGUAUAAUACAGGAGACUUGAAAGACAUUCACCUGGAAAUAGAGAACUUUGUGAACUCCAGGACACCAAAGCUGACUCGGAAUGAGUCUGUAGCUCGUUCUAGUAAAUUGCUCAGCUGGUGUCAGAGGCAGACUGAUGGAUAUGCUGGUGUAAAUGUGACAGAUCUCACGAUGUCAUGGAAAAGUGGCCUAGCUUUGUGUGCCAUUAUCCACAGAUACCGUCCAGACUUAAUAGACUUUGAUUCUUUGGAUGAGCACAAUGUGGAGAAGAAUAACCAGCUGGCCUUUGACAUUGCUGAAAAAGAGUUUGGAAUAUCUCCCAUUAUGACUGGAAAGGAAAUGGCAUCUGUUGGAGAGCCAGAUAAACUGUCGAUGGUGAUGUACCUCACACAGUUCUACGAGAUGUUUAAAGACACCAUCCCCUCUAGCGAUAGUCUGGACCUGAAUGCAGAAGAAAAAGCUGCCCUAAUUGCCAGUACCAAAUCGCCCAUCUCUUUUCUCAGUAAACUGGGACAAAGCAUCUCUCGGAAACGCACUCCAAAGGACAAAAAAGAAAAGGAACUGGAUGGUGCAGGAAAGAGGAGAAAAACCAGCCAAUCUGAGGAUGAGGACAUCCCACGAAGCUACAGAGAAGAAAGGCCCACACUGGUGAGCGCCUUGACAGAGAGGAGAAUUGAUGCUGCCAUUGGGAAUCAGAACAAAGUCAAGUCUAUGGCAACCCAGCUACUGGCCAAGUUUGAGGAGAACGCACCAGUGCAGUCCUCAAGCUUACGAAGACAGCAACCUGUUUUGCCUUAUCAAGAGCGUGUUCACAACCAACCAUCCAGCAGACGAGAGCAAGGCCGUCUUGCUCCCAUACCCCAGUGGAAACAGCUGAGGAAUAAGGAACGUUCUCGGACCUGCCCUAAAAAAGUGAUCAUGCUCUCUUCUUCCACUCCACCUUCCUCUCCACCGUACCCUAGGCAGCAGACAAACAGGGAGCCUGGUGCCGACUAUCCUGGGGAGCAGAGUCCCAGACAGGAAAGGAGAUCUCCUCGUUUAUUUUCUGAUGACCAAGUGCCUGAGAAUGUUGAGCAAAGGGCAUGUCAGCUGGCUGCCCUCCUGGAGUCCAGACCUGCAGUGAGGCAUCAGCCUGAGACUGAACCGUCUCGACGAUUCUUUGUUGACCAGUGGGAGCUCUCCCUUAGCCUCCGUUCUUCUAAUCGCCCUUCUUCACCUUCAUCUGACUCUCUUCGACAGAAGUAUAUAAAGAUGUACACAGGCGGAGUGAGCUCAUUGGCUGAGCAGAUAGCCAAUCAGCUUCAAAGGAAAGAGCAACCCAAAACCCUUCUAGACAAGAAGGAACUGGGCUCACUCAAAAAGGAGUUCCCCCAAAACCUGGGAGGCAGUGAUGUCUGUUACUUCUGCCGCAAGCGAGUCUAUGUGAUGGAAAGGCUGAGUGCUGAAGGCAAGUUCUUCCACCGCAGUUGCUUCAAGUGUGAAUACUGUGCGACGACUCUGCGCUUGUCAUCCUACGCCUAUGAUAUUGAAGAUGGUAAAUUCUACUGUAAGCCUCACUACUGUUACCGACUCUCUGGUUAUGCUCAAAGGAAGAGGCCAGCAGUGGGUCCUCUGUCAGGAAAGGACACCAAAGGACCUCUGCAGGACACCAUGGCAAGUGAUGGAAGUGGACGGGCAAACACCAUCUCCGCCUCAGCAGAGAGGGCCCCAGGUUCUAAUGUAAAUGGACUGGAAGAGCCCAGCCUUGCUAAGCGGCUGCGUGGCACACCUGAGCGGAUUGAGCUGGAGAACUACCGACUGUCACUGCAGCGGGAAGAAGAACUGGAAGAGGUUCCUGAAGAGACACUAGCAGAGCAUAACCUGAGCAGUGUGUUGGACAAAGGAACAGAAGAGGAUGUGCCCAGCAGUAGUUCAGAGUCUGAGAUGGAGGAGGAGGAUGAGGAGGAAGAAGAUGAACUACUGCUGCCUCAGCAACCCCCUUCAGACUUGGGUGGUGUGCCAUGGAAAGAGGCUGUGCGUAUCCAUGCCCUCCUGAAGGGAAAGAGUGAAGAAGAAAUUGAGGCUGAGGAAAAUCAUGAGAUUGAGGACAAAGAAGACGAGGAGGAGGAGGAGGAGGAAGAAGAUGAAGAGGAGGAAGACGAGGAGUCGAGCGAAGAGGGGGAGUAUUGCCCUUGGGAGAGAGAGCUGCAGCAAGGCCUCUGGCUUCAACGUCUCUCAAAUGAAGAGGACACGGGUACAUUUAAAGCUGGAAACCUUAGACUGCAGCAGAUUGUAAAUCCUGUUGAUCCUCUGGAGAUCCUGGCAGAUGUGCACUGGACACACAUCCGUGAAAAAGAGGAGGAGGAAAAAAUGGUCCCAACCUCAAAGUCCUCCACCUCCAGAGCAUCCGACCUUCCCUCCGUACGCCAUGAGGCGGUACAGGCGUGGCUGGAGACAGUCCCUGGAGCUCCAUGUGAGGAUAAUGAUGUGGAGGACGAGCUGGGCACAGAGCCUGCAGACACAGAAGGGCAGGCAGGUGAAGAGGGAGACACGGGUGCAGAGCUGGAUGAUGAUGACAUCCCAUCUGAUGCAGAAGCUGAGUUUCGCUUACAUCAAGGGGGCAUAGAAGAGCCAGAACUAAAAGUCUCUGAAGAUGAAGAAGAUGAAGAAGGAACAGAAGGUGCUUCUUGCAGUGUGACAGAAGAUCCAUGCAAGCCAUCCAUCCCUAUCCAGUCAUCUAGUGAUAGUGUUCUUCCUCUGUCUCCAGUUGACAGUCCCAAAGCAAAACAAGCAGAGGAUGUAAAAGAUCCCCUGGCUGAAGUAUCCCAUGCAAUAAAAUCUCCAGAGGCACGCUUUUUUCCUGAGCCUUUCAUUCUUGAAGGACCAAAGGAUGAAAUUCCCAAAGACAGGAAAGUUAAGAGCCCUUCGGUGCCACCAUCUCCAGUGUUAUCCCAGCCGGUUGCAUCACCAGAAGCCAUUGCACCUACAUCACUAACAGAGUCUCAGCCAGCAGCACCAACGUUGGCUUCAUCCCCAACAUCUGCUCAAAUGCCUAUCUGUUCCCAGCCUUUGCCUUCUGCCGAAACAUCCAUUCCAUCCCCAGUGGAGCCUCCAGUAUGUUUCCAACCUGUCCCAGCCUUAACGUCUACUCCUUUAGCCAAACUGGUCCUUAGGGGCCAGGAUAGUGAGGUGGAAAAACUGGGGAGCCCUACUACUGCAGAAGAAGCCCUGAAACGGAGCAACCUUGUAGAAGAGUUCUGGAUGAAGAGUGCUGAAAUCCGGAGGAGCUUAGGGCUCACCCCAGUAGACAGAAACAAACACUCAGAGACGAACUUUACUGUAUCUGCCCUUGAGACAACUCCUCUGAAGACUUUUAAUAGUGAGAAUAUUUCAGGGGAUGAAAGGAUCCAUGUUGUGAAACCCCAGCCUGCCCCAAGAAGACAGGGACUGUACAAGUUAGAAAACGAGCAGAUUUCUCUGCUCACUCCAAAAUCUCCAUCAGAAAAGGAGCUAAAGAGUUCCAGUGAUGUAAGGAGAGAUGUAUCCAGCAGUUCUGGACUUGGUCUUCAGGAGAGUUCAUCUAACAUGAGAACUAUGGCUAGCCAGAGCUUCAACACUUCUGACUCUACCAUGCUUACUCCUCCAUCAAGUCCGCCACCACCACCUCCUCAGGAUGAAGAACCAGCCACUUUGCGUAGAAAGAGGCAUCAAGCAGUCUGGCAGAAUGAGGUUGAAGCGAGGUCACCUCCAACACCAGCAUCAACACCUCCUGUUCCCCCACGCCAUGAGCCAACCUCUGCUGCGAAAGAGUCAACCCAGGCCAAAAAAGACGAUGUACGGAAGUCUUUUGCAGAGAGUGUGGAUGAGAUUCCAUUUGCUGACGAUGUAGAAGACACAUAUGAUGACAGGACAGAGGACUCAAGCCUUCAUGAGAAGUUCUUUACACCUCCUACCAGUAGGCCAAGGCCAGAGAAACCACUUCUUCUGCCCUUGGUCAAAGAAAAUGGUGGUCCACCCUCGAUGGAAGGAGGGGUUAACCAAAGGAAGAGAGUGUUGCCUGAUAUUUCUGCGGAGGCCAAAGAGCUUGCUGAAGAAAGAAUGAGAGCCAGAGAGAAGUCUGUCAAGAGCCAAGCACUCCGUGAUGCCAUGGCUAAACAGUUGUGUAAGAUGAAAGAUAUGGAGACGUCUGCAGCUGCUGCUGCUGGGGCCACAAGGGCACGAAAGGUGUCUUCUAUGCCCUUGAAGAGCAAAGAGUUCUUUUAUGACUCUCCAAAGCAUUUGGCCUUGAAAAUAGCAGAGGGAUCCACACGAAAGCAUGAUGCUGCUAGGGAGAAGUUCUCCACUCCUGCUGCUGAUGUGGCUGGACCUGAAGGGUCUGUCACCUCUUCAGAAGGCUCCAGUGGGAAGAGUAAGAAAAGAACUUCACUUUUCUCCCCUCGUAAGAACAAAAAGGAGAAGAAAUCCAAAAAUGACAGCAGGCUUUCCGACAAAUCUAGUGGUGGGACAGAGGAAGCAACAAAGCCUAGGUCAUUAUGGAAGUCUGUUUUCUCUGGGUAUAAGAAAGACAAGAAGAAAAAGAUUGAUGACAAAUCCUGCCCAAGUACUCCCUCAAGUAGUGCCACUGUGGAUUCUGGCAAGCACAAAGCUUCUCCGUUGGUUACAGCUGCAGAUUUGCAGCUCCGUCAACACCUGAGUUUCUCAGAGGACUCCGACCUCUCCAGUGACGAUAUUCUGGAACGCUCGUCCCAGAAAUCCAAGCGAGAGGCGUUUCAUGAGAAAUUCUGCAUUUUCCAGGAGAUGCAGAAGAAUGAGUCGAUUUAUGUACCACACGCCUUGGCAUUCAAGAGAUCAUAUUCGUCAAAGAGAGCCUACACAGAAGAGGAACUGAAUGCCAAGCUGACCCGCCGAGUACAGAAAGCUGCCCGUAGACAAGCCAAGCAAGAGGAGCUAAAGAGGUUACACAGAGCUCAGAUCAUCCAGCGGCAGCUUGAACAAGUGGAAGAGAAGCAGAGGCAACUUGAGGAGAGAGGGGUUGCUGUGGAGAAGGCCCUUCGGGGAGAAGCAGACUAUUGGGGAGAGUCUUAUUACAGUGACCUCAUCGACUUGCAUCUGGGUGUUGAGCCCAAUGCCGGGACACCACGUCGUAGACCUCUCUCCUUCUGCCCUUGCUGUGCCCAUGAAGGCAUGGGUAAGAAGGAUGAUCCCAAGCUGAUGCAGGAGUGGUUCAAGCUGGUGCAGGAGAAGAAUGCCUUGGUUCGCUACGAGUCUGAACUGAUGAUAUUUGCUCGGGAGCUAGAACUGGAAGACAGGCAGAGUCGAUUACAGCAGGAACUCCGGGAGAGGAUGGCAGUAGAAGAUCAUCUGAAGACAGAUGAGGAGCUCUCAGAGGAGAAGAGGAUCCUGAACGAAAUGCUAGAAGUAGUGGAACAGAGAGAUUCUCUCGUUGCUCUCCUUGAGGAGCAACGGCUUCGAGAAAAAGAAGAAGACAAGGACCUGGAGGCAGUCAUGCUUUCCAAAGGUUUUAGCUUGAACUGGUCCUGAGCUUAACACAUUUACCUUUGCUGGUCUGUGUUGUCCAGUUGGCCUACCCUGAGUUCGCCAGAAUUACAUGGAUAGGAAGAUGUUGAAGGGGAAACCUCCGAAGGGUCCGACAGCAUGCAGGGAUUUGGUUUGAAGCACUCAGAAGCCUUUUGAUAAGUGUGUUGGUUCCGGAAGCUUAAGUUUUCAACUUGGCUUGCAGACAUGUGAGAUAAUGAGUUGAGACUGUGGAGUCUCCUUGAGGUCCUAUACAAUGGACCGUUUUUUUCUGUGUGUGGUAGGAGGGAGAGGAAUAAUCCAUGUGUGGGGAAGGAGGUUAAGGGAAGAAGUACCCUUAACUAAACUGGAUUUAUGGCAGUCCAUUCCUUUCCCAUUUUUACUACACCAGUUCUAAUAAAAGGGAGGGAAGUGGCAACCCUCUCUGGAAAACCACAGCAGCCUGUAGCAGCCUGUAUGGUGGAGUCAGCUGUCCAAGAGAGCUCCAGAAGCCCAGGGCAACACCUUCUUUGCUUUAGUCUUCCUCCCCACCAAAGAAACCUGCAGUUGAUCAUUAUGCAUGGAUAUGAAGAAAUAUGAGACAGAGAAGAUACUACUAGUAUGUGUGAUGGAACUCUCUGCCUCCUGGUUUUUAGAGGGAUGUGGGCAUCAGGGGACUCUCUCCCUAUCAUAGCCUCCUAAAUCUUGUGGGGAAGAAGGGGGAGAAGAAGAGAGAGGGAAGAUGCCCUUCUGCUUUGCUACACACUGGAGAGACAGCUACUGCUGGCCUUAGUCUUCAUGGCCACAGCUCAGAGGCUGAUGGGCUUCUUGUUCUGUUUUUGUUGUGACUGUUUUGACACUGGAAAAUACUGACUGUGGGACAGUGGUAAGUGUGUGCUGGGGCAGGGGUGUUACCAGGCGGCAUUCCCUGGCUGUUAGGCCCCUAAAAGGGAGAAGCCCUUAAGUGACCGAACCACCAUUAAGACUUUUCAGUGUUUUUAUUUUUUUUUCCUCUGUAUUUUGUUUUUGCACAUUGGAAAUGAAGCUUAAGACCUGCCUGGGCCCUCAGUCACUUUGACCCUUUUAUGUCAAUUAACUUAUUUUUUUAAUACUUGAAAGAAGAUUCAUUUUUGUAUCUUUUAGGAAAAAAACGGACGAGUGAUGGGUGUGUGUGCCUGCUGCAUCCUACAACUUCCACUUCUAAAUUACUGGACAUUGUUACCUGUGGCUAUUUAUUAGUGUUCUUAUUAAUAAUUUGAUUGUUAAACAUAUUUGAUUGUGGAGGGAGUGUUUUAACUCUAUUGGAGAAAGACACUACUGCGGAUUGGUCCCUGCUUCACAGCAAGGGCAGCCUUUAUGGACCCACAGAUGCAUCCUGCCCUAGAAGUUUUCCUUUAUGACAAAAUCCUGCACACUCGUGGAGUUGUAAGAAUCUAUUUGUGUUCCUAGCAUACUUUCCUCCAUCCCAGAUUCCCUCUGUUGGACUAAUAAACCCAUCAUUUAUUUAAAUUCUACAUUUUUAUAACCAGAAAGCCAACACUGUGAGGUAGAAAUAUCCCAUAUGUCUCUCUCUCACUGAAAGAGGGAACCCUCACACUCCUGAGAUACAGCUAGAGGGACUUCCAUGAAAACAAAAAUAGCACAUUUCCUGCUGCAUCUGUUGGAAGAAGCUCCUUUUGGCUCAGCCAGUGAAGCUGCUGCUCUUCAGCCAGGAGGGUACUCAUUGUAAUCGUAUGCUAAGCAACGAGCAGGACAUGCACUGAGCAAUUCAGCACCAUUCACUGCUUGACAGAUUCCCUGAGCACACUGCGUCCUUAACUUGCCCUGCAGAGGUGAAAUAGCACUGUGCGUCGGGUAUGCGUCCCAUCUUUAAUGUGAUAAGAGUUUUUUCCCCCUGGGGAUGCUGACUAUGUUCUUUUCUUGUUAAAGUAGUACCAAGCCUGCUCCCUGAUGUCCUUGAGAAAGUGUCCCAUUCCCAAGCAUAUUCAUACAGCGUACUUACUGACUGACUCUUUCAGCUUGAACAUAGGCUGUUGGUGCAAGGUACCCAAGCAGGGCUGAACAUCCUUUAAUCUUUUGCCCCAGGACAGAAGUUAGCAUGGUUUCUUGCUGUUGGCUCUCGACCUCCUUCAAAGAGGUCUGCUGUAAGCCAGGGUCUGCGAUUUGAAUUCACCUCUGACUCAGGAGCAUACCUCAGGCUGAGGAAGAAAGGGUAGGACUGUCCCCAGAGACUCUUGCGUGGUGCUGGUUGUUAACUGUGGAAACAUGGUUUUUCCACCUCAAGUGUUCCCCUUUAUCCCCCCUAGUGUUUUCUGCUAAGACAUUACAAAUUAAAUCCAGAUGCUCAUGAAACCAAGCAGACAGGCAGCUGCAGCGCUACUUCGUAAUGGUACGUGUUAGCAAGCGGUACCUGCUAUACCAGCAUCACGGAGUGUUGGCUUACCAACAGGAUGGCCAACAAGCAGAAAUCCCCUCAUUUGCCAGUGCAGGCGCCAGCUGCGCAAGUCAAAUUGGCAACAGUAGUUUACAUAGCCUGCAUUUGAGGGGCCAGCGGAAGCUGGAGAGGAGGAGGGAAGAAAGAGGGAAGUAGAUGCAUAGUUUAUUGUAAACUGUCUUGCACAGAGAAUUGGCCUCAGUCCGUUUUAUAGUGCACUAGGUAUAUGGACCACAUCUAACUUCUAACAAAAGAUCAUUGAAAGUGAGCUGUAGAAUGGAAAGAAAUCCUGAAGAAGAAAUACCAGAUUACUACUUUUCCCUGUCGUGCUGGGGGACGGUGGCCAGAUCUUUGCAAUGCCCGAGAGUGUUAUCACUUGAGGGUAUAAUGGCCUAUUGGAGGGGAAAACCACAUAUUCUAAAGCUGAACUCUUUAGGUUAUGCUGAAGGCCUCCAGCACUGAGACUGAAAAUGAAGAGCUAACAUCGCACACACAAAAUAAUAAAAAAUACACGAAAGGGAAUUUUAAAAGGCCUUUUUAUAUCAAAAUGGUUGAAAAAGGCACAACUUGUAUUUGCUGUUCAGUUGCACUUUAGGAAUAUGACUUGCAUAUCAGAAACUGGGUUUUUUUACUAUCUGAAUAUUUUUAAUUCAAAUUUUAUAUUUUUAAAGCUGAAGAAGGCUCUUGUGACCACAAGAUUCCUUAUUUGUAUCAGAAUCCAAGUAGGAUGUUCUAGCUCUUUGUGCUGCCCAGGUGGGCAGCAGCACAUGACUCAGCCAUGUGCAUUCAAUGACGUGUGUCCAUUUCGCGUAUGAGGGGAACGAAAAGGCCCUCAGCUUCCAAGAAGUGGGCACGCAAGGGCAUCUGUCCCCGUGUGACAUGGUCUGUACCAGGGGCUGGACACUACCUACCUGCAGUAGGUAGGAGGAGAGCCAAGCUUGGAACCUAACCUGUGUUUGUUUUGAAAUGGGCACACUGAGGAUGGGGCAAGCACUUCAGUCCCCUACAGGGAAGGGAGGGGGAUACCACCUCCUGGAAACACCUGGGAGGCAAAUGGGGAUGGGGGAGUGAGGACUGCCAAAAAAACCAAUCUGCUGUUUUCACAGUACAAUUUUUUUUUUUAACUGUUCUGCUCCUUUUAACCAUGUUUUCAUUAAAACUUACAAAUGGCUGUAAAAUCCUGAGCUUCAAAGAACUAUGCGUAGGGAGGUGACAAGACGUUUCAGCUCCAACUUCUAGACAUAUUCUUUCUUUCAGUUAACCAAUACCCCACGGUCUUGCUAGGGCAUGUUACAAACUGCGUUGCUGAACAUAUUUUAGAGCAAAACACAAGUUUUAAAAGUCUGUCCUUCUCUCUAUCUGUCUCUGCAUUUUAUGUAAAUAUUUGUUUGUAUGUAAAGACACCAGUGGAUCCUUGGGUUACCCCCACGGUCUGAGUUUUGUGCAAUGCCUAGGCCUCUCUUAGAACACGGUGCUUGCAUAGAGCUAGUCGUCACAUUUGUGUGCACUCUGGUGGUUUUUAAUAUUUUUAUACAUCCUAAUCCUGAACAUUAUGAAGUAUUAUAAGUGGUUUAGACUGCAUGAUCUAGAGCAGCCGGCAGUUCCAUUUUCUUAGCAGCCGUUCUUAAAACGUUCACAGCUACACCUUGUUUGGUUAACAUUCUUUUAAAAUGAGUUUUCUAUUAAGUGUUUACACCAGACACCAGUGGAUGAGAAAGGUGUUGCAUUACAAAAUCUCCUGUGUACAAACUGAAAAGCCACACUAUGGCUUUAUGGGAAUUUCAGUCAUCACUGCAAUAAAGAGAACUCUAAAGCAUACUAAAAACCAGCCUGUAUAUAGUUCACAGAGAAGGAGAUCACUGGCUUUCGACUGUUGCAAAAUAACAGAGAUUAGAAGCUUUCCAAAAGUUCCUGCUUUUGGAUUGCUCAGACUACUGUUAUAGGCAGGGUAGCCAGGCAGAUGUGGAUGUCACUGGAAGCAGAUGCGAAGGGGAGGAUGCCAUGUCUCGAUGGCAUUGCAGUAAUUUAAAUACUCUGUAUCUGUGCGUGCAUGCGUGUGUGUGUGAAGUCUAAUCCAGGUGAAGGGAUCUGCGUUGGCAUCUUCCCUUUUGUAUGAAAGCGAACUCUGAUAUUCAGAUUGUUCAAGGCUUUUACGGUUGGCAUGUAUGGAGUGUUAACAGAAAAGCGUAUACCCUACCUGUAAAAAAACCAACUCUGUUCCAGCCUGUUUUCUUCUGUUUGGUUGUGUUUUAUCAUUUGUUUUUAUGCACACUUGCUUCGUUGGUGUUGAGAUUUUAGCACCUCAGAUGGCCAACUGAACUAAAAAAAAAAAAUAAAGUCAUUAAUUAUUUUUUCUUUUU